CGUCCCGGAAGUCGCGCGGCCCCGGAAGUGGCGCCGGGGGGGGGGUGGUCCCGGGAGCACGCCGUGGGUCUUCCGCGAGCGACCGGGGCCGGCGGCGAGCUUCAGACCCUCGGGACCGGUCCGAGGCGCCCGGGCGUCUCCGGAAGGCUGAGCAGUGUGAUGGGCGGCGGAAGGAAGCGGCAGAGGUGCCCAUGGCGUCGGAGCGGCGCCAGGUCCAGGACCACCGGAGCAGCUCUUCGGAAGGGUGUCCCCGCAAGCGCCGCUGCCUCCGGGAGCCCGGUGAUGUGGCCCCCUCCCGCCGGCCGGCCCGCAGCUCCGCGUCGCGCCCGCGCUCUCGGGGCGCCGGCAGCCCCGAGCGCCUGAGAGCCUCGCCCGCCGGCGAUGCGGCCGGCGCGCCCCGCCGGCCCUGGAGCUCCGCGCGCCGCACGAGUUCCUCGUCCUCCGGCUCCUCCCAGUCCUCGGGCCCGGGUGUGGGCGGCGCCGCUUCCCCGGGCGGCCUGAGUCGGAGCCCUCGGGGGUUCCUGUCGGCUUGGGGAGCCCCGCUGCCCGCCAGCCCCUCGCUGGAAGAAAUGGCUUCUCGCGAGGAGGAAGCCUGCAGCCUUAAGAUUGAUUCCAAAGAUAGUUCUCGGAGCUCCAUGAACUCUGAAUUUGCAGCUGAAGCUGAGAGUCAGAAUGAUAGUGUGGCGGACCCAGACAAGAUCCAGAAAAGAAGGCGGGACAGGCUUCGAGACCAAGGGUCCGCAAUGAUCUACCUGAAGGCCAUCCAGGGCAUCCUGGGCAAGUCGAUGCCCAAGAGGAAGGGAGAGGCUGCCACCACUAGGGCAAAGCCAAGCUCUGGAGAGCGUCCCAGCCGAGAAAGACCAGCCAGGAGCGUGGAAGGACCGGCCAGGGCUGUGGAAGCGCCAGCCAGGGGCGUGGAAGGACCGGCCAGGGCUGUGGAAGGACCGGCCAGGGGCAUGGAAGGACCGGCCAGGGCUGUGGAAGGGCCGGCCAGGGCUGUGGAAGGGCCGGCCAGGGCUGUGGAAGGGCCGGCCAGGGGCGUGGAAGGGCCAGCCAGGGGCGUGGAAGGGCCAGCCAGGAGUGCCAAGGUCACUGCUGUUCUUCCAAAAGAGGAGUCCUCUCCAGAGGUGAGGUCGGGAGAGAAGCGUGUGUUUGACAGCGGUGACUCCCCUCACAGAAGUGCGGUUGUAGACCCUGAGGAGGAUCCCAUUGAGGAGCCACUUGGUGACGGAAGGACCAUCAUUGACAAACCCUUGCCACCCCUAGAAUUCUGUGAUGACUCUGACUCUCAUUUAGAUACCCAAAAGCAUAUUGACAGUGAGGUGGGGGAGGAGGUGCUUGAGCAUCCGUCUUCAGGAAGUGACUGGUCCGAUGUGGACGAGCUGAGCACUGUGAGAUUCUCUCAGGAGGAACCCCCUUCGGUCAGAUGCCCCCCAGCAGUUCCAGAGCCUUCCUCCUUCCCCACGGACUAUGUUAUGUACCCUCCUCAUCUGUACAGCAGCCCCUGGUGUGACUACGGCAGCUACUGGACCAGUGGCCCCAAGACGCCUGCAGCUCCUGGCUACCCCUCUGUGGGCAGCAACGGCCACGACGCAGCCCAGGCCGGGAUGAGCCACAGCAGUGUGGGGCACACGGCUCCCCCACGGCCCCCAGGGAGCUCCCCGAGCACGGCCAGGGCCCCACAGGGCACUCACGAGGGCCACUCCCAGAACUCACGUUCACUUCACUUCUCCAGAGGUCCAGAGGACGGGGAGGUGAAGGAGAAAAGGACAUUCCGAGAGGAGACGCCGCCUCGCCCCUGUGGCGGACGACUGGAGUCUACUUCAGAGCCAAGGAGACCCCGGGAGCCGGGCCUCGAAGAGGGCUUCAUUGACACCCACUGCCACCUGGACAUGCUCUACUCCAAGCUGUCCUUCAGAGGGACCUUCUCCAAGUUCCGGAAGACCUACAGCAGCUCCUUCCCCAGGGAGUUCCAGGGCUGCAUCUCCGACUUCUGCGACCCUCGGACGCUGACGGACGGUUUGUGGGAGGAGCUCCUGAAAGAGGACCUGGUGUGGGGGGCCUUUGGCUGCCACCCUCAUUUUGCACGGUACUACAGUGAGAAUCAAGAGAGAAACAUCUUGCAAGCUUUAAGGCACCCCAAGGCGGUGGCUUUUGGGGAAAUGGGUCUGGAUUACUCCUACAAAUGCACCACGCCCGUCCCGGAGCAGCACAAGGUGUUUGAGAGACAGCUGCAGCUGGCAGUGUCUCUGAAGAAGCCCCUGGUCAUCCAUUGCCGAGAAGCCGAUGAAGAUCUGCUGGACAUCAUGAAAAAAUUUGUGCCCUCUGACUACAAAAUCCAUAGGCACUGCUUCACCGGCAGCUACCCCGUCAUCGAGCCGCUGCUGAAGCACUUCCCCAACAUGUCCGUGGGCUUCACGGCCGUCCUCACCUACGCCUCCGCCUGGGAGGCGCGAGACGCCGCCAAGCGCAUCCCGCUGGAGCGCAUCAUCGUGGAGACCGACGCCCCCUACUUCCUGCCCCGCCAGGUGCCCAGGAGUCUUUGCCAAUAUGCCCACCCCGGCCUGGCCUUGCACACGGUUCGGGAGAUUGCCAGGGUGAAGGCGGAGCCGCUGUCGCGCACGCUGGCCACCCUGCGGGAGAACACCAGCCGCCUGUACAGCCUCUGAGCACGCCUCCCCACGCGAGGCCCCGGAGGGCAAGCAGCAGCUGACGGCGCGCGGGCUGGGCCGGAGGCGAGGACGCGGCCGGAGCCUGUGGGACAGCCAGCCGGGAACCCCGCGCCCAGCGGCAGCGUGCCCUGGUGGGUGGGCGUGCAAGCAUGGCCGCGGGGGACACGAGACUCCUGGGAGAGCACCCGGGUUAGCCUGCGGGGUUCAGCAGCCCAGGUCGUCCUUGUGUGACCCAGGGGGAUGAGGAAUUGGUCAGACUGAACCCCUGCUCCCCGCGUGUGAGCGGGCGGUGUGAAUAAAGUCCCGUCCGCUGUGAUGGAGCAUGCGUGACGCGUCUGCCUUGGUUCUCAUGGGCACCCCCUGUGGGGCACUGUGGGGAAGUCCGCUCUGCCCCCGGGGACCCUGCUCACCCCCAGCCCCAUGACUAGGGCUCUUCCUGCACUCGCACAGUUCCCGUGUGUCCCCACUGUUGGUCCUGUUGGCUCCGCUGCCGUCAGUGUGCAGGGGUGCGCAGGGCUCGGGGUCCAUGGGAGACCCAGGACAGGCCGGAGGCUGAGGAAGGCAUUCUGGGGACAAAGUUCCCAGAGAAGGCACCUUUACUCACCGAGGCCCCACCCCCUUCUCAAAUACUAGACUAGAAAGUCCCCGUUCACCCUGUGUCAGCACCCCCGUGGGCCCCACCCAGGUGGGUGCCCGCCCUGCACAGCCGCAGGCCUGCUCCGCCAUGCUGGUUCCCGUGCAGAGAUGAGGGCUUGGGUCCCACAUCUGUUACUGUGCCCCAGGGUGUUGGAGCUCCCUUACCCAUGCCCUGCUUGAGGUGUGUGCACGGCCGUGGGUCACGCUGGUGUUGGGCCCCCUGCAGCCCUGCGCUGGGCGGGCAGUGCGGGCUCUGGAGGGGGCACUGGCAAGGCCGCUGGGCUGGAUGGGGUGGGGCCGGGCGGCUACUGGUCACCUGCAGGGCAGCUCGCCGGUGCCAUCGCCGUGUGUCCCAGCGGCCAUUGCCUUUGGUUUUCUAAAAUGCCAGCGACGAGCACCAUGCCCCUGGCAAACCGGGCUGCUGGCUGGGUUGUGAUGUCAGUGCUGGGGAAGGGGUGUGACCUCUGCUGGCAGACUUGGGGCACAGCCAAAGCUAUGGGUGUGCUUGAUUGCCACCCAGACGGGCCAGAGUGUGGCCCUGUCCUCCCUCCCCCCAGCCGGCUGGCGUGGCAGGGCUUGGCUGCAUGGCACGGUGCCUCCCGCGGGGGACAACACUCGGGGCCUUUGCCUGCUCUGCCCCUAGGGUUCGGCCCUGCUGUGUGCUCCGUUAAGGGGAGCGCCCUGGGCUGCGGGCGGCAGCGCUGUUGGUUUGGGACGGUGACCUGGCUGUCCUUGCUCCGCGUCUGAGGGCCUUGCGUGUCCCCUGCCCCGUGCUCGCUGUGUCUGUGGUUGCUGAGGGUCGCCGGGCCGGGCUGGCACCAGCUGGGGGUCCAGGUGCCAUCCAGUGCCGGAGGAGGGGAGGGAAGCCUGACCGGGCUUUGGGGCCCUGCGAGAACUUUCCAGAGCACUGAUUAAUGCCCCACCCCGCCGGGCUCUGCAGAGGGCACCCUUCAGUUUUUUUCCCCUAAACGUGCUGGUUUUUGUUUUUCUUUUUUGCGGUGCCAGGCCUGGGGCUUGAACUCUGGGCCUGGGUGCUGUCCUUGAGCAUUUUUUGCUCACGGUUAGUGCUCUCCCACUUGAGCCACAGCGACGCUUCGGGCUUUUUUCUUGUAGAUUGGAGAUAUCCCUCAUAGGCUUUCCUGCCUGAGCUGGAUUCGAACCAUGAUCCUUAGCUCUCAGGCUCCUGAGGUCAGGCGUGAGCCACGGGCACUGGCCUGAGCACACUUUGGUCCACACUGGCAGUGGACAGUGCUUGUCUUGGGGUCUCCCUCCUCCAGGCCCCCUCUGUCAUGCCUGCUUUCCACGGGGCAGCAGUGACUCGGGGAGGUGGGAGAGGGGUUUGGGGGCACGCAGUAGUCAUGAGUGGCGGGCCCAGGUGCUGGCCACCCUGCCCACGUGGGCUCCGGCUUCACCCCACUUUCCUAGGAGUGGCGGGCUGGGGAUGGCUGGGAGCCCCCGUGGGGCCCGUGGUGGAGUUGGAGGUCACUCGCUUCCCCUGUCCCGCUCUCUGCGCAGGGGCGGGUCUGGACUGGGCGCCGCCCCUCCUCACCCCCGCGGGUGGAGAGCUGCUCCCAGGCGGCUUUGCGCUCAGGAACUGCGGUGCGCCGGGGCCUCCGCGGUCUCUGCUCCCCCGGGCCCGCACACCUGCCUCGCUGUGCGUGUCUCUUCCGUGACCAUAGGCCAAGAACUGUCUUCUCCCGCCCCACUUUUUAAAAUGGCUUUUAAGCAAAAUGUGACAUUUUCCUCUUGGUGAAAUAAACUCCCACUUUGAA